AAAAUGAACUUGUAUCAAUUAGGGCUUCUUCUCCUCUCUUCUCUUUUUCUCCUCCUCCAACAAAUAUAUAGCCGCCACCGGAAGAGAAGGGUCGUCGUCAUUUGUAGAAAAAAUAACUCUUCAACUGGUUUAAUCAGCUUUUUUCUCCAUCAAAGUAAAACCAUGAGGUCUUUAUGCAAAAAAAGACUCAUGAUGAGACGAGCUGAAAAGUUCAUCAACGGAUCAUCUUUGUCGUUUUCGUCAUUACCAUACGAUGUAGUUUUGAACUGCUUAUCUCGUGUCCCGAGAUGCUACUACUCAAACCUCUCUCGUGUUUCCAAAACCUUCCGAUCUCUUGUGAGUUCUCCUGAGCUUGCACGUAGGCGUUCCUCCUUAAUUGGCAAAAACAAUCCCGUCAUUUGUGUCUGCUUUACAGAAGCUGAUAGUUUUGGAAGGAUAUUUCAUUGGUUCACUUAUGACGCACACGAGAAGAAGAUAAGUAGUGCUCUUAAUGUACUUCCUAGACAGAUGAUGUGUUGUUCCAUCGUCUCGUUAGGUUCCACGAUAUACUUUAUUGGUGGAGCCAUGGGUCAUACUUCCACAAGCAUUAGGUUCUUGGAUCCAUGGUCUGGCGAGCUGUGUGAGGGUCCUAGCAUGAAAGAGGCUCGCAUGUUACCAGGCGUGACAGUUGUGGAUGGGAAACUAUUUGUAAUGGGAGGUUGCGGCCAAGAGCAGGUCCAAGUGGAGGUUUUUGACCCAGAGACUCAAACUUGGGAAGUUGGACCAUUAAAUCCCCAUGUGGGAAUCCAGUACGGACAAGGAAUACCAAGUAUGCGAUAUGGAUCGACUGUGACCGAAUCUGUUGACGUGGAAGGCAAGGUUUAUGGUAUGAGUUAUAGUAAAAGUAAACACAUAAUCUACAAUACGAAAGAUGGUAUAUGUGAGACUUUUGAGAUGAAAGAAGAAAAAGCAUGGAGGAGAGGUGGAGUGUGUGUGAUAAACAAUGUCAUCUAUGUUUAUUACAAGGACCGUGGGUUAAUGUGGUAUGACUCUAAAGAUAAGGUGUGGAGAAUGGUCCAUGGUUUUAAGCUUGAUAAGGGGAUUGACAUGCCUGUUGGAAUGGUGGAUUAUAAUGGAAAACUUGCGGUUCUGUGGGAAGAUCUGGGACGUAUUAUUAGUAAGAAAACCAAAAUGAAGAAGAUUUGGUGUACCAUUGUCGCGUUGGAUAGGAUUGGUGGAGUAGCGAUCCGUGGAACGGUCAAGUGGUCUCGUCUUGUUUGCUCUGUCCCUAUUUACUAUGACGUUUGGCGUUGUCUACAUGUUUCUGAUUAGUUUAAACUUGAAAAAGAUGCUUAUGAUGGUAAUGAUAUAUGUUAUGUUGUGAAACGUUUUCUCACUUUGAGUAUGACAAAAUUAUAAAUUUGGCGUUUUAGC